AUGCGGUGCAGGGGUGAGCGACCGGUGGAAUCGCCGGUGGAGGCGAUUCGACUCACGUCGGCGGACGUGGAAGACGCGCCGCCCAUCUCGAACGGGGUCGCUUCGAGCGGACAGACCAACAUCUGGACGAAUCCCAUGAGCACCAGCUUCACGUCGCUUCGCAUGAAGGAGUUGAAAGACGCUCAGGCGAACGGAGGGGAUAAUCAGCCGAAGAAGAAGCGGUUCAGCAUGUCGCCGUUUCGGCCCCUGCAGAAGCUCCCGGAGCACAUCUCGAAGGAAUUGGGCAAGAGGCGGCUGGGGCAAGGGAAGAACUUGGACGAGAAGAACCUGAAGAAUCAGCUGCAGAAGAACAACAACACCAAGAGUCCGGGAAAGUCGGAGGGGAAGACCACAGCUCCUUCGCGACUCUCGUUGGACUUGACAACGGCAACCGUACAGUCGAACAAGGACAAGGGCAAGGACAAGGACAAGGACAAGAAAAAGGCCAAUGACAAAGACAAGGACAAGGACAAAAACAAGGAUCAGGAUAAGGAAAAGGAAAACGAAGAUGGAAAGGGUCAGAAAAAGGAAACAAGCAAGGACAAUGGAAAUGAAGAGGAUAAGGAAAAGGGCAAGGGCAAGGACAAGGGAAAUGGGAAAAUCCCAACCAGGUCAAGCUUCAGAAAGAAGAAGCAAGCAUGAAAUACGCCGGUGUUCAAGUUCGGGCCUGCAGUAUUUCGGCAAAACUGACGUAUACCCUCAUGUUUUGCGACUUUGCACCCACUGUGAGUCUGUGAAACUUCGGCAAAAUAAUCCUCAAGGCUGGCUCCUGUGAAGAUCAAGCAGUUACCUCGCUCAACGUCUGAAUCCGAUUCAGUAGAAUACCCUGGCUGUGAUACCAAGCCUUGUAUUUCACAUCUCUCUCGUUCGAUCCAAUGCAGUUCGACACAUCUUUAUCUUUCACCUCUCACUUGGCAUCUCGAAACUGUGAUAGAAAACAAAUACAUAUUCAUGAUUGAAGUUUCAUUUUUCAGAAGGAACAAUAAGCACUUCAAUAAAGGGUUCAUUGUCACGAAAA